GUCUCCUUUGCUGGGGCCACCAGUUCCUGCCCCUGCCAGACAAUGCCCGUGGAGGAGUUUGUGGCCGGCUGGAUCUCUGGAGCUCUGGGUUUGGUCCUGGGACACCCUUUGGACACUGUAAAGGUGCGGCUGCAGACCCAGACCACAUACCGGGGCAUCAUCGACUGUGUGGUUAAGACCUACCGCCAGGAGUCACUCCUGGGAUUUUUCAAGGGAAUGAGCUUCCCCAUUGCAAGCAUAGCCAUGGUCAACUCCGUCCUUUUCGGGGUCUAUAGCCACACGCUGCUGGCGCUCACGGCCACCUCCCACCAGGAGCGGCGGGCCCAGCCGCCCAGCUUCACGCACGUCUUCAUAGCCGGCUGCACUGGAGGGUUCAUGCAGGUCUACUGCUUGGCCCCUUUUGACCUCAUCAAAGUCCGGCUACAAAACCAGACAGAGCCGAGGGCACGGCCUCCGGGCAGCCCCCCACCCCGCUACCGGGGGCCUGUGCACUGUGCGGUCUCCAUCUUCCAGGAGGAGGGGCCCCGGGGGCUGUUCCGGGGAGCCUGGGCCCUGACGCUGAGGGACACCCCCACACUAGGGAUCUAUUUUGUCACCUAUGAGUGGCUCUGCCGCCAGUCCACGCAGGACGGCCAGAACCCCAGCUCAGCCACGGUGCUGGUGGCAGGGGGCUCUGCAGGCAUCGCCUCCUGGGCCGUAGCCACGCCCUUGGACGUGAUCAAGUCCCGGCUGCAGAUGGCAGGGCGGAAGCCCGGGGCAUACCGGGGGGUGCUGGACUGCGUGGUAAGCAGCGCCCGGCAGGAAGGUCUGGGCGUCUUCUUCCGAGGGCUGACGAUCAACAGCGCCCGCGCCUUUCCUGUCAACGCCGUCACCUUCCUCAGCUACGAGUACCUCCUCCGCUCGUGGGGGUGAGUCCGGCCGGGUGACACCGGGCGCUCCCCCGCGAGACCACCGCCCAGCUGCCCAGCUCCGAGGCAGAGGUGAGAGCACCCGCCUGCGGUCCGACUGGAGAGGCCCAGCCCUUCCUACGGGUGAGCCGCGGUGGGGGGACGUGGGGCCCUGGGGCCUGGACUCCGGAACACAAGGCUGAUGUCAGCCCCCCAGCAGCGCUCUCGGGGACUCUGUGAAGCCCACGUCCCCGGCCAGUGGGGCUGGUGACCUUCAGACCCGCAUCCUGGCCCUUCACCCUUUAAAGAGCUCUUAGGGGGGCCUGCACCCCUGGGCACUAACCAGCCACCCCCCCGGAUCCCAGCAACUCACCCUCACAGGCCCUUCCUCGCCUCCUUUCAAAUUGCUCCCCGCGUGACCCCCCUGGAGAACAUCGGUCCCCUGCUGGUCCAGAAUCCUUCAGUGGCUUUCUUUGCGGUCUGGGGGGGAGCCCCCCCCCCCCCCGGGCCCUCCCUGCCCGCUGGCUUCCUUCUCUCUGGGGGCUUCUGCAGCCCAGCCCAGCACUUGGAGAGCUGUCCUUGACCUUGGCCUGAAAGGCUUAUUCCCUCCUGGCCAGCAGCAGAGGGUGCCCAGGCUGAGCACUGUCUCACGGAGCCCUUCCUUGCCUCCCUCUUGCCUCCGCUGUGGGGUUUUCACACCACUCCCAACCCCCCACCUCCUAUUCCCCCCCCACCUCAACCCCCCAUCUCUCCCACAUCCCCCACAGGCCUGGAUCACGCGCUCCCUCCCCUGUGCUUUGUUGUGGCUGUUGAUUGGCUUCUCAGCCUAACCCCGUUACCCAGGGAGCUCCGUGAGGUCAGGGGUCAGACUUCUGAUGGGUCCCCCCACUCUAGCCACCACACCUGCUUCCUUGGUACUGUACCCCAUUCUUUCUACUGGGGAGUUUUUGCCCUGCCUGGCCCUUCUUGGGGUCGACUCCAGGGCAGUGGUGCCAGAAGUCGGGGACCAGUUCCCCGGGGGCGGGGGGUGCUGGCCUCGCCACUCUCACACAUGGUGCUUGUUUCCCUUACCCCUCUCAUUUGCUAAGUGGGGGUUACAGACUGGCUACGAGGGGUUACUUCAUUAGCAAUAAAGCCGAGGAGAGUGUGUAUCCAC